AUGAAGUGGAGCAGUGUAGGCGGAUUUAACAAGGAGCUCUUCCCUUCUCCACCAUCCUAUGUGCGGUUGAAUUACUUCCUCGCCUUGUCUUCUCACAAGACUUUCAGGAUCAGGAGAUUCCUAGGCAAGAAGCAAAAGCAGAAUCGUCCCAUCCCCCAAUGGCUUCAAAUGAAAACUGGUAAUAAAAUCAGGUACAACUCGAAGAGAAGACAUUGGAGAAGAGCCAAGCUGAGUCUAUAAGGAGCC